AGGAACAAUCAAGGAAAACAAUACAGCAAAACAUCUCAUAAUUCCCUUUCCUAAUUUCUUCUCAUCAACAGUCAAUAAUAUUAAACUUGACUUAAUUUUAAAUAAAAAAAAAAAGUGAAGUCAACAGCCAAUGGAGUCUUGGAUCAACCAUAACCCCACCACCAUUUCCAGCUAUUUUGCCCCCUUUCUGCUUUUUCCCAAUUCAGUCUCCUCUAUCUAACUUCUUCUAUUUUGCUUCCCUUUGCUCUUUAAUACAAUUUUCAAACAUUUACCAAGUUUCAAUCUUUACAGUUUAGUUGAUUCCUAUGGUAGAUGAUUGAAGCUGUGGGUGUCAAAAGCAAUCGUCAUCAGUCUUCCAUCUCGUCAAUAUAUUCGGGAUGGCUUGGUGAAGCAAACUCUAACUUCAGCACUUGCAGAAUUGUGUUUUGAGUUUUUCUCUGCAAAGAGGGGGUGUUGUUCUCUUUAAUUUCGGCAUCAGUUCCACUGCUAUACCUCUCUAGACUGUGCAUAUAGUUGAUUCUUUACUUGGGUUGCUCUCGCUUCUUCUUGGGUUUGUCAUUGUGACCGUACAUGUAUUUGUUUGGGAAUAUGGUUUUGUGAAUACAAUCUUUUGUUCGCGUUAAAUGAACGUAUGAGUAAAAACACCGAGUCAUUAGCGAAGUAUGGGUAGCCGCUAUGUUGCAUUACAAAUUCUGAUAUGCUUCGUAUGCUUAUCUUCUUGUAUACAAUGGCCACAAGUCUUUGCAGUUGAUGUUGCCACAGGGGUCGGAAGAAGACUUCUCCGGGAUGGAAUUAAAGAAAAAGUUAUAGUGCCUGCCACUCAUGUACCAAAAGGGCAGAAUGGUUACCGUUUAUCAUAUUCAUCAAAGAUGGUAGCAAUGGCAGUACCUGGAGUACUUAUUUUGGGUUGUGCUUUAAUAUGCCCCUGCUUUCAACACUGGAAGAAAGAUAUUGACUCUGAAUCCCAGAUAGAUUUAACUAAUAUUGAUUUAUCUUCCUCCUUUGAGGGAAGUUCACAUCUGGAAAAGGUGACCGCUAGUCCAUGGCGAAACGCUCUGCCGAACCCAUACCCAUCACGCUUCUCAUCGGCCAGUUCACAUCCAUCACGACAACCUCCGCCUAGUCCUCUAUAUGCAGCUUCCCCAAAGCUGGAUAGGUUUGGAUCAGUUCAUCUUAACUUCAGCCAGAUUGCAAAGGUUACACAUAAUUUCUCAUCAUCAUAUAAGAUAGGUGAAGGUGGUUUUGGAACAGUAUAUAAGGCGCAGCUACCUAAUGGGCAGUGGAUUGCUGUAAAAAGAGCAAAAAAGGAAUACUUUAACUCAUCGGAAUUCAACAGUGAAGUCGAGAUCCUAUCGAAAAUUGAGCACCGAAGCCUAGUAAGGCUGCUGGGAUUUGUUGACAAGGGAAAUGAACGACUUGUAGUGACUGAAUAUGUAUCAAAUGGAACCCUUAGAGAACAUCUGGAUGGUUUGGGAGAUAAAAUAUUGGACUUCAAGCAGCGCCUUGAGAUUAUUAUAGAUAUUGCACAUGGCCUAACAUAUCUUCAUCUUUAUUCAGAGAAGCAAAUUAUUCAUCGAGAUGUGAAAUCAUCCAACAUACUUCUGAACGAGAAGCUUAAGGCCAAAGUUGCAGAUUUUGGAUUUGCGAAAGUAGGUCCAUCCGAGGAUGAUCAAACUCAUGUAUUAACCAAAGUUAAAGGGACUGUUGGAUAUCUUGAUCCAGUGUACAUGAAAACCUAUCAACUCACCCCCAAAAGUGAUGUUUACUCUUUUGGGAUUUUGCUUAUCGAAAUUCUUACUGGACGUCGUCCUGUGGAACCCAAUAGACCAAUGGAAGAGAAAGUAACCAUUAGAUGGGCAUUCAACAACUACACUAAAGGUGAACUGUUUAAGCUGGUUGAUCCGCGAAUGAACGAACCAAUAGAUGAACAAACCCUCGAAAAAAUAUUUGCUUUGGCAUUUAAGUGUGUAGCACCUGGAACAGUUGAUCGGCCGGACAUGAAAACUGUAGGGGAGCAAUUGUGGGCAAUUAGGAUGGAACAUCAUAUGGCAAGGCAAAGGUAGAUGGCUCUAUGAAGAACUACUUAGUUUUAUGGAACAACCAUUCAUGAAGAUAAUGUAUGCAUCUAUGAGGAAAUCUGCUAAGUAUUCAGCAGAUUUGUAAUUUUUGGGUUGUCCAGUGUGCAACUAUAAUGAACUCAUAAUUUUGUGUUCUUAAUGAUUUUUGUUUGAAGAAUUGAUAUUCAAAAUCAUUUGAUGUACAAGCUUUUUUUUUUCUUCUUUUUUUUGUGCAUAUUUUUAGCAUAGAUACUUACAAUACAAAGCAUAACUAUUAUUUGAUCUACUUUAAACAUGCUCU